UCUCCGUCGGAGGGCGCGGCGGCGGCGGCGGCUUGGCGCAGAGUGGCCAUGGCCCGGGAGGAGCCGCAGUAGCCGCCCGCCGCCGCCAUGGGCCCGCAGCCGCCUCGAGGGGGGAGCCGCGCGCCGGACGCGCCGGGCGGCGGAGGGGGCGCGUGCGCGUGCGGCCGGCGGGGGUCGGCGGGCGGCGGCGGCGGCGGCGGCGUGUGGCGGGCGCUGGCCGCCUUCUUCGCGCUCUCGCUGGCGCUGCACCUCCUCACGCUCAGCUGCUACCUGGAGCUGCGCUCCGAGGUCCGGCGCCGAGAGCGCGCCCCCGACGACCACGACCACGACGCCGCCCCUCCUCCUCCUCCGCCCGGCCGCCUGCAGCGCCUGGCCGAGCCCCCGGGCGGCCGCCCCGCCCGCCACCAGGUGGCAUUUCUGAAUUUUUUCUCUUCUGAAGAAAGACCUCUCCUGGAAGAAGAAAGCCAACCUAUCCGCCGAAACAAAAGGAGCAAAAACAGUGAAGGAUCAGAGGGCACAAGUACAUCAUCUAAAAAGAAAAAGGGCAAAAAAGCUGGCCCUCCCGGCCCCACUGGGCCCCAAGGACCCCCAGGCCCUCCUGGACCGCAAGGACCUCCGGGAAUCCCUGGGAUCCCUGGCAUUCCAGGCACCACUGUGAUGGGACCUCCGGGACCUCCAGGACCUCCUGGCCCCCAGGGAUCCCCUGGCAUGCAAGGCCCAACUGGUGCCGUGGAUAAAGGAGGACAUAGAGAUGCACAGCCAGCUGUAGUUCAUCUUCAAGGACAAGGAUCAGCAAUCCAAGUAAAGAAUGAUCUUUCAGGUGGAGUGCUGAAUGACUGGUCUCGCAUCACCAUGAACCCCAGAGUAUUUAAGCUACAUGCCCGCAGUGGGGAGCUGGAGGUACUGGUGGACGGCACCUACUUCGUCUAUAGUCAGGUAGAAGUCUAUUACAUCAACUUCACAGAUUUUGCCAGCUACGAGGUGGUGGUGGAUGAGCAGCCCUUCCUGCAGUGCACUCGCAGCAUUGAGACAGGGAAGACCAACUUCAACACCUGUUACACCGCAGGGGUCUGCCUCCUCAGAGCCAGGCAGAAGAUUGCAGUGAAAAUGGUCCACGCGGACAUCUCCAUCAACAUGAGCAAGCACACAACCUUCUUUGGAGCCAUUCGGCUGGGAGAUGCACCAGUGUCCUAAAGGAAUGUGGCACACAAUGAAGGAGGAGGCUCCCAGAACUGCACACUGCCGCCGCCACUGCCGCCCAUUCCAAAGAAUCCCAGUCAGCAACAAAGAGGGUGGACCUGUUUAUUCCUUAAUGUAAAUGCAGGGAGAGCAAAGGCAGGUGGGAGAGCCCUGGGGGGGGGGGAGGAGGAGGAGGGGGGAAGCCUCGGUGACCUUUCUCUUGCAUUUCACAUACCACAGCACUGACAACUUGUUUUCUAGUCCCCACACGAGGACAACGGUUUCCUGCUUGGACAUUGCGCCGUUGAAAGUGUCUGUGGCAGGAGACGGCAGGCGUCAUGCAGCUACCUUGUGCCCACGCAGGAAAGCAAGGGACUUUGGGGGUCUGUCUUUCUCCACUAAGUGGAACAAGUUAUGUUGUGGGGCUGUGUGAUCCCAAUGGGGAAUCAAACCUUUCCUCGGCGGUCGCUCUCUUGGCAGUAGCUAUAAGCAGACCAAGUGGGCAGGUAGAAUGAGUGUCACAGGAGCAGCAACCACCACGAAAAUGCUCUCUGGUAAGCUUGAUGUUCCCCAAGUGAGUGUUGGGUGGCAAUGCUGAGGGACGGUCCAAACGCCUCCGUCAUUGUGCAGCCGUAGAUGCUGAGGUGUCGCUGGGGACCCUCCCACGUCCUGCUUUUCCUUUGGAAAGCUGUUCUAGCCAGAGCGAGCUAAAAUUGCAGAAGCAACUAUAUUCUGCCCCGCGAACCGAUCUUUUGGUGACUGGCCCUGCCAUCCUCAGAGCGCUCGCCUGGAGGAAAGCCCUGCCAGUAGGCCUGAGGAGGAGCCGGAGUAGAGUUGCUUUGGGGCAACCGGUAAAAAAAGGCUUCACUGGGAGCAGAAGCCUGCUGCCAGAGGGAAAUGUUUUGGUUCGAGGCUUCGCGGUGCUUUCCCCUGCCUUCCUGGGCGCCGGAGGUCCCUUUUCAAGAGAGGCCCGUUCUAAAUGUAGCAUUUCAAAUACUAUUUUGCCAUCUUUAGACUUAGGGGGUGCGCAGCGCUGAUGGAGGCUGAAUCGUCAUGCUGUUCGAAUAGCCCUCAACUGUCACUUGUUCUCAGUUGGCGAAUCACAUACAGCCCUGCGUGACCUUUAAUUGUGCACUCAUCUGUGGAAAUGUACUUCUUUCCCAGAAAAUAAUUGCUGUUGGAAAGCUGAUAGGAGCUGCCCAGAUUGUGCUGGAGAAGCUGGAGAGCAGGGCCUGUGUACAAGUCAUCUGUUGGGAUGGAGACACUGAUCUCUUUUUUCAGUUUGCAGCAUUGUUAAGAAGAUACAGGUCAGCUGAGCUAAAUAAGCAGAUGUCUGUAAGAGGUGUUUAGAGGCGGGGAGCAUGAAUAAUGUGUAGGUUUUAUGGAGCAUGCACACUUAAGGGCCUUUCUGGCAGAGUGGAUCUUGUGCCCUCAGGGACCAGUGAGCAGCAUCCUCAUGGUGGACACUCAGGUGAGACCGUUGGGGGAUGGUAAAGCUCACCUUGCUGACGGGCAGUAUUUUUUAAAUGAACUCGUGGUGGGGAAGCUUUGUGCAUGGAUAAGAAACAGUUUGAAGUAGUUGGUAAGAGUUGUUUUCUCAUCUAUGAGUCAUGUAGGCGGAAGCAACAUCACAAGCUGAGGCCUGUCCCAGAUAAUGACUGUCUUGAGGAACAUUGCCUCCUCUUCUGGACAGCUCUAGCAACCUGGUCCAGUAUCUGUUGGCUCUUCCAACCACCCCUGUAUGUGUUUCUGGAGAAAAGAGGGAAACAGAGGUAUUUACUCCACAAUGGGUCUUCUCUCUGUUGAACAGUCAAGAACAGAAGUUCUCCAAUGCCAGGUGUGGACAAUCACAGUUUACUUGAUGGUUGUGAAACCAACAAAUUGUGAAACCAACAAAUAAAAAUCAGAAGUUUUUAUUGGGUUUUUUUAAUAUAGUGAGCAUGCAGAAACAUAAGCAGGAAGGAUUGAGGGCUGUUUUGUGUAUCUGUCAUGCUUUAAGAAGCAUUGAUAGAUCCUUCUAGAAGACUCUUCUAAGACUAUACAAGUCUACUAAAAUUGAAAGUUGCACUGACAUUUACAGACUGAACUUCACUUCAGCUUUCUGGUAGAAACAUGGGGCUAGAUGUUCUGCCUGCCAGAGUGCGCAUCAUUUGUUUUCAGUUUUGAAUACUUCCACAAGCUUUUCAACAUGGCUUCCUGCUUUAGACAGUUUCUGGCUGUUAUUGUCUUAUAUUGUUUGAAGCGAGCUCCUGAGUGACAGAAGGCUUGUAGGCAGAGGUCCAGCAGACCUUCUUACUUUGUGUGAGAAAGAUAGUGGUGCCCUGAUGCUAUCUUCGUUCACAACAUGAUCUGUAUAUAAAAUAUACAUAGUGUAUAUAAAUGGAGAUGUAAGUUUACAUAAAUUGCCCGUAUUUUCUUUGCAAAUAAAACUUUUUUGACCUGAA